AUAAAUAUUGCUGUUAUUUUAUUAUUUCUUUCAGGCAUCCUCCUUUGUGCUAUCUGUUUUUUUUAUUUAGAUUGUGAAGAAAGUUGUGAUCCAGGAAUGUAUUAGACUACCUGCUUGGCAGGAACGUGCACUUCUAGAAUACUUUUAGCCAUGACUACAAACCUUUUGACAAAAAUGUCAUCAGCUAUUUCACACACGUUAAAACUAAGUAAAUCUCGAGGACUGUGGGCUUCAUGUACAUCAGCAUGGUUUUCCAUAGGUUCGGGCCCUCAAUCUAGAAGGAAAUACUCAGUCCAUGCACAUGAAAAAUCUAGGGAGACUAAACUUCUCCAUCACUUGAGAGCAAGAAUUUCAGCUACAGGUCCUGUGACUGUUGCUGAGUAUAUGAAGGAGGUGCUCACUAACCCCAUGUCAGGGUACUACAUGCACAGAGAUGUAAUAGGCAGUUCUGGUGACUUCAUUACUUCCCCAGAGAUAUCUCAGAUGUUUGGAGAGCUUAUUGCUAUAUGGUUCUUGAAUGAGUGGACCAAAGUAGGUAAACCCAAGCCACUCUAUGUAGUUGAACUAGGACCCGGAAGAGGAACACUGUCAGAUGAUAUGCUGAGAGUUUUUUCACAGUUCAGUGACUCACGAGAAGUAGUGUCACUCCAUCUGGUGGAGGUGAGUCCUCAUCUGAGUCAGUUACAGGAGCUGAAAUUGUGUGGUACAGUCAGUGUUGUCAAAGAUGUAUUAGAAGCUGAAGAUCGACAACGACAUCUCCAUCUACAUACUGGUCCAGAGAGUGAGGAACAUUUUUACAAAUACAACAUCACAAAACAUGGCGUCCCUGUUUCUUGGUAUCGUCAUCUUGAGGAUGUUCCCAGAGGAUUUUCUUGCUUCAUUGCUCAUGAAUUCUUUGAUGCCUUACCAAUUCAUAAGUUUCAGAAAACUCCUGAGGGUUGGCGAGAGGUCUUGAUUGAUACUGAUGAUACCAAAGGCCCUCAUCAUUUAAGAUAUGUGCUUUCUCGGGGACCUACACCAGCUAGCAAGUUUUUUAUUGAUCCUAAAGAAACUCGAAAUAAUGUAGAGGUUAGUCCAGAGAGUGGAGUUUUAGUUCAGGACAUUGCAAUACGGCUUGAAGAAGAAGGGGGUUGUGGCCUGGUGGUUGAUUAUGGUCAUGAUGGUAACAAAGGCGACACCUUUAGGGCCUUCCGACGCCAUGCUCUGCACGACCCAUUAUGUGAACCAGGAACAGCUGAUCUUACUGCAGAUGUCGAUUUCUCGUAUUUAAAGAAAUUAGUCCAGGGACGAGCCUUGACAUAUGGCCCCAUACCACAAGGAACAUUUCUUGAAAAUAUGUCUAUUAAAGCAAGGCUAGAGAAACUGUUGAAAUCUGCAACCCCAGAACUAGAAAAGGAAUUAAAGUCUGGUUAUGACAUGCUUGUCAGUCCUGAAAAAAUGGGAGACAGGUUUAAGUUUCUUGCACUUUAUCCAACAGAUAUGCAGGAACUUUUGGCAAAACAACCUCCAGCAGGGUUCCUGCCUUCCAAGUAAACAUAACAGUGGCAGAUGUACCAAUAACAAAUUGUUCUAAUUAAGGUGGAAAGUAUAGUUUUAUCAGUUAGCCCUUUGAUCCAUUUCUGUACAACAUAUUGAUCUGCAAUGUCAUUUUUUUUGUUUUCUUUUUUUCUUAAAAGGUAUAAUAGAAGUCCAGAUAUGGGAAACUAAAGGUUUUAACUGUAAGCUUAACUGUCUAAAUCAGAUAAAGGAACACUAUUUUGGGAAUCAUAUUAUGUGUAGUUACUUCUCAUUGUCCCAUAGGACAGUGUAAUUCAGUACUAUUAGACUAUGUUUAUUACUUUUGAAUAAACAGUAUGAUAGAUGUGAAAUAGAAAUGAAGAUAUAGGAAAGGGACAACAGUGCCUUUUAUGUGGUGUUUCAUCCCUUCUUGCAAGUGAAAAUGGUACUGGUAUUGACAAAUAAUUAUAAUGUUUGUUAACUAGAAGUAUUCUACGCAAAGAAGUAGUCUACAGCUAGAUAGUACAUUUCUUUUGUUAAUGUACAGGUUUUGUAGCAGUGAAAAAUAAAAGUUUGUGUCUCCCCACUGUA